CACUGACCCGUAAUUGUGCCUGCCCACCAUCUUGAACUGCGGCGUAAACAUCUUUUACGUAAAUCAAAGACUAUUUUGAAGAUUUGUCAACGCUCUGCUGAUCCUGCAAGUACACCAAAGCACAGUUGUUAGAAAUGGCCGAAAGAAGCUGUGCGAUUCCUGUGGACGGACUGUCAACUAAACACCCGGGGAAUGAGACAAACGGCAGCGAGAAAUUAGACACGGAGAAGCAGCAGAACAAGGAAGGGGGCUUUUUAUAUGAGGAAACAUUCGAGGUACAAUCCAUCCAUCCAGACCAACAGAUGGCUAGCCACUCCGUAGAAAGCCCCAACCAGUGUGGAGAAUGCGGAUACAGGGCGUAUGACAGGUCGUACUUAACCAAGCAUAUGAGAAUCCAUACAAGAGAGAGACCUUAUAAGUGUGACCAGUGCGACUAUGCUGCUGCAUAUAAAAGCUUUUUCGACCGACACAUGGCUAAACACGCCAGAGAGGAAAACUACAAGUGUGGAGAAUGCGGGUACAGGACGACUCACAGGUCUUCCUUUUUCCGACAUAUGACAAUACAUUCAGGUGAAAAGCCCUUCAAAUGUGACCAGUGCGACUAUUCUUCUGUAAGGCAAUCAUCUUUAGACCAACACAUGGUUUAUAGACAUUCAGGAGAAAAACCCUACAUGUGCGGGGAGUGCGGGCACAGGGCGGCUUCAAAGAACAACCUAUCCCGACAUAUGAGGAUACAUUUAAAGCCCUAUAAGUGUGACCAGUGUGACUAUUCGUCCACGGACAAAGAGCGUUUAGACCGACACAUGCUUAAACAUACCAGUGAGAAACCUUACAUGUGUGGGGAGUGCGAAUACAGAACGGCUAGUAGGUCUAACUUAGCUAAACACGUGAGAAAGCAUUCAAGCGAGAAACCCUACAAAUGUGACCAGUGCGACUUUUCGUCUUUAUACGAAUCAAGUUUACGCGACCACAUGGGCAGACAUACUGGUAUUAAACCUCAUGUUUGUGGGAAAUGUGGAUUUCGGACUGCUCACAAGUCCUACAUGUCCAAACAUAUGAGGACACAUACGGGUGAGAAACCAUACAAGUGUGAUCAGUGCGACUAUUCUGCUGCACAGAAAGGUGCCGUAGACCGACACAUGAUUACGCACACUGGAGAAAAACCUUACAUGUGUGGGGAGUGUGGGUACAGGGCGGCUAGAAAACAUCAACUUUUAGACCAUAUCAGAAGGCACACAGGCGAAAAACCCUACAAAUGUGGCCUGUGCGAUUUUUCUUCAUCGUGGAAGAAGUGUUUAGAUCUACACAUGAUCAUGCACGCUGGUGAUAAACCCUACAUGUGUGGAGAGUGUGGGUUCAGAACGAAUGACAAGUCCUUUCUGUCAAAACAUAUGAGAAGACAUACAGGUGAGAAACCCUACAAGUGUGGCCAGUGUGACUAUUCUGCUGCACAUAAAUAUUCUUUAGAACUACACAUGGCUAAACACACCGACGACAAACCCUACGUGUGUUCGGAAUGCGGAUACAGGGCGGCUGUAAAGUCCUACCUGUCCAAACAUAUAAGAACCAAACAUAGAAACCAUAAUUAAAGGUGUAAAGUCGUAGCAGUGAGACUAUUCUGUUGUACGAAGAUACAGUUUGGACACAAGACCGCACACAACCCUUCCUUUGUAAGGAACGUAUUAUCAUGCUUGUCUUUUAGUGCCUGUCUUUUAUGUAUACAUGGUCAAAACAAGUGUAAAAUCUACAUGUAUAAAGUCACUCAUCAUCUAUCCAGAUGACGUACCACCUAUCCGGACAUGGUGAAAACCCCUACACGUUUGAGAGUGCAGGUUUACGGGGAUAUUUUACAUUUAGCGUGGCAUAAGUUGAAAAUAUAAAAACUUUUCUGUCCGACGGCAUAAAGGAAAUGGGACGAAAUAGAAAGCCCGACAAAACACCUUAAAGCGCGUGAACAAAACAACAGCCUUAACCUCUGCUUAGAGAGUAAGAAAACGUCUAAAAAUUGUGUUCAUCAAAGUUUGCAUUUUUGACAUUAUUUCCCUCGGAGGAAGCUCUUUUUAACUUACAGUUAUACCCAGAAGUGUAAGUUCUGCGACGUUUGCCUCAGCAAUGAUUCUGGAUGCCCCUCAUAUAUGCAUGUCUAAUAUAAUAGUUGAAUAAUACUAACGUAACCACUGAUAGUUGCUGUUGAUACGAUGAUAUUGUAUUCCCCCAUCUGGUAAAAUGUUAUUGAU